AUGUACCUCGGACGUUCUACGAGUAUGGGAAAGGACCUGAAGAAAGAACUGAAUAAAAGGACGAGACCAGCAUGGGCAGCAUUCGCAUCUGUCAGCGAAGCCACGAACCAACUGAAGGACCAGGAUCUCCGUCCCCAUCUGUUUGACUCGACAGUUCUUCCAGCACUCUUACGCAGCGGUGAUGUGGGCAGACACCGCUGUCACGUCAAGGAAGCUACUCACUACCCACAGAGCCCCUGA